GUUUACAUUCACGCGGCUUCCUUCUAGGGUUUCCGAUUCUCUCUGCAGAAAUGCUCAACACAGCUAUUUCAGCUCAAAUCGAUGGCCAAAUCUCUGGGAGCUGGUUCCAAUGGUGGUGAUGGAGGGGGGAGGGGAAGUAAAGCGGGUAGGGGAAGAGGUGGACAAGGAAAUGGUAGUGUUGUGGAGCUGGGGAACAACGGAAUAUCAGUGGAGCGGGAAUGGGUGAUCAAGGAGCAGAUAUUGAGCAAGAUGUCGAGCAUGAGGGUACUGGUGAUGAAGGGCAGCAAGAACAGGAAACACAAACACAGGAGAGUCGUGUUGUGUGAAGAGUCACAUAUGAGAGGGCCAACCGUAGCUUCUGUGUUGGUGAUUACCAUAAAAAACCAGCGAGGCCUGAAGAUAGGGGAAUUGUUCAUUUCCUCGAUGGAAGAAAUUAUAUAGCAUCAGGGAGGCCAAGAAGAAAAAGACUAUCAGCUACAUUAUCAAAGUGAAUUGGGAUGAAAAUAGGCAUCAAUCAAAGGGACUGGAAUGUGAAGCCUUUUAUGACCGCUGUCUUAAGGAGUUCAAGAGAUACUAUAUAUGCAUAUCCGGAGGAUAGUGAUCCAGCAGAGGGGGAUAGGGCUGUCAAAGAGUUUGUGAAAAAGAAUUGGAAGAACCUCCCUUAUCAGGAAAAGAAAAGGGCAGAGCAAUCAGCUGUAUAUGCAAGGAGGGGAGGUUUAAAAACUGCCACUCGACGUUCUUUCAGGCCUCGUUACUUCAGCCAACGCAUUUGGGACAACCUCAACUCGUAUUGGGGGUCUGACUUAUUUAAAAAAAGGUCUGAUAAUGCCAAGAAAGCUCGAGCGCAGGUGGAACAUAUUCACCACAGUGGGGCCAAGCCUUUCAGCGAGAGAAGGGAGUUAUAUUAUCUAUCGUGUGUGCCACUUAUGCAUUUUAUUUACUAUGAAUUUACUUGCAGCUUUAACUCAAAAAACUGUUUGUAUUUAGUAUCAUGUAACAUGUCCAACUUUACCAUAUAGGAACUCGAGGAAGAAAAAUAAGGGAAUAUUUUUGAUAUGGAGUUUGGUGACAAAAAAAUCUAUUUUCCCUAUUUUAACAUAUUUUUUAUGGGAUUUAUUUAUAGGAUUCUUUGUACUUGGCAUCUCUUGCACUGAUCCACUCUAAUGUUCUGAGAAUCCGAUAUGAAAGGCAUUAUUGAGUUUUAACUAUACACUUCUCCUUUUUAAUUUUCCUAUUAUAUAUACACGGAUAACAGUUUUGGAAUAAGCACAUACUUUAUUAUAGAAAAAUAUAUAGGUUCCUUGCACUUAUCUGGAGGUCAUGGUUUGUUCUAUGGUGUGUAAAACAUGUAGCGGUUUGGCUUCCUCCACUGCUGGUCUCGCUUACUUUGGUAAUUCAUGUUUGUUUUUACUAUUUCAGGUAUACAUGACAGUGUUCUUGUCAUAGAAAAUUAUGGGAUAACUGAGAUUUGCUUUUUUUGAAUUUGUUUAUGUUUAUCGUUAGUUGAACAAGUCUUAGUUAGCCAAAGAGACUGUUAUAUAUGCUGCUUGAACAUAUAUGUUAAGUUGUCGAUAAUUUUUUUUGUUAUAUGUGCUGGCAUAGUCAAAUUUUAUAUGAUGGGAUUGGUGAACUUGAUAAAAAUUUUGAGCACAGAAGAAAAUCUAGAACUAUAUUAGAAAAUCUGGUAACGAGCAAUAAGAAUACAUGUGAAAUUUUGUACACUUCCUUAUUGUUUGGUACUUGUGUUGUCAAGUACUGUCUUCAUAUACUCUUAUUAUAUAUGGCAGGGAACUAGUAUUGAAAAGGCACCAAUAGAUCGUGAUACCUCUCGCAGCAAUGAUGAAGAUGAUGACGAAGAUGAUGAAGCGGAGGACUUCCCCCUUCAUUAACUGCACAAGGUUUAUCAACGACUUAACUUUUGGAACAAAUCUUUUGAGACUUGCCUAUAAAGACUAAACAUUUCUGACGUAGAUGUAUGUUUUGCGUACAAAAUCAGUCUGUAGUACUUAGUCAGUCUGUAGGGCCGAAGGCAGCCUUUAACUUUCGUGACUAGACGUUUAGUAGGUUGAACAUAUUUUGCUAAACAUUCUGCGGAACCUUGCAGAACCUCUGGUAUUAAGCUUCCUAUAUGGUCUGAAGAUGCAUGUAUUUGAAGCAGAAGUUUAUCUCUUACAAUUUUUGCCUUGGUUGAUUUUGGUUAGAUAGUCAUAUGAUUGGAUUGGUGAUUCGAAUAAAAAAAUUUACAUAUGGGAUUAUGACCGGAACAAAAAGGUCAUGCUAAUUUUUAUUAAAAUAUUUUUUUAAUAUAUUUGGCGGCUUACGGUCGUAAUUAUAUUAUGUAAGUAACCGAAUACAGUCAU